CAAAUAUCAAUUCCAUGAGCAAUAGUAAAUGAAUGAAAAACAAAAUUACAUACACUUGUUGCUCAUGGAUUCAUAAUGGUUCAUUUUCAAUGUGAAAAUUAUGUCUGCUAACUGCUACAUAUUUUGUUUAGUAUAUUACAAGGUUUUCUCAUAUCUCUUUGUCUUCUAUCUAUAGAAACCGUCUCCAACCACAAAUUCCUUUAUUAGGAAUGACGUGAAUGUCCAAUAUAAGUGCAACAAGCCUGCCAUUCAGCCUAAGCUCCUCAUACAUAAUAACUCCCCAAGAUAGAGAGGGAGAAAGGUUGGGUGCAAUACACAAUUCUCACCCAGUUUUGUGUAGUAACCCUUAAGGCCAUUACUUAGCAUAAAUUUGCAUUUUUCAGUUGAAAAAAAUGUUUGCAGCAUUUUCAUAUGUUUGUAAGCCUUGCAUGGGAUCAGGUGAUGGAAAAUUCUUGAUUCAUAGAAUUAGAAGAACAACUGCAAGAGCUGAAAUGGCUAUUGCUGUUCCUAAGAGAAACAAUGAGUCUUCCCAUCCAAAGUUAUCAAUUCGAGGAACUGAUAAAAUUGUACUUGAAAUUGCCCGAAGACAAUCACAAUCUAAUGGUUUGGCUACACAUGAUGUUUGUAGGAAACCAGAUUUCCAUCCUAUGUUUCUUGAGGAAGCAUAUGAUCAAUGCAAGAACAUAUGUGAAGAAUAUGCAAAAACUUUCUACUUAGGAACACUUUUGAUGACAGAAGAGAGAAGAAAAGCAAUAUGGGCUAUUUACGUCUGGUGCAGGAGGACUGAUGAAUUGGUUGAUGGCCCGAACGCAGGCUAUAUGAAUUCUUCUGUUCUUGAUAGGUGGGACGAGAGACUCGAAGACAUAUUCGAGGGACGUCCCUAUGACAUGCUUGAUGCUGCACUCACGGAUACCUUGUACAAGUUCCCAUUAGACAUAAAGCCCUUUAAGGACAUGAUUGAGGGUAUGAGAAUGGAUACAAGGAAAAAUCGAUACGCGAAUUUCGAGGAACUCUAUCAGUACUGCUACUAUGUGGCAGGAACAGUUGGCCUAAUGAGUGUUCCAAUAAUGGGAAUUGCACCAGAAUCGUCCCUUUCUACUCAAAGCAUUUAUAAUGCAGCACUCUAUCUAGGCAUCGGCAAUCAACUAACGAACAUUCUUAGAGAUGUUGGAGAAGAUGCAUUGAGAGGGAGGGUUUAUCUUCCACAAGAUGAGCUUGCGAAAUAUGGAUUGAGCGAAAAGGACAUCUUCUCGAGAAAGGUGACAGAUGGUUGGAGAGAAUUCAUGAAAGAGCAGAUUACUAGGGCAAGGGUCUAUUUCAACCAGGCUGAAAAAGGAGCUUCUCAACUCGACAAGGCUAGCCGAUGGCCGGUGUGGUCAUCCUUGAUGUUGUAUAGGAUGAUCCUGGAUGCCAUUGAGAAGAAUGACUAUGAUAAUUUAACAAAGAGAGCAUACGUUGGGAGGACUAAGAAACUCGUGACAUUACCAGUAGCUUAUACCAGAGCUCUACAGCAUCCACUCUGGUUUAAGCUCAAUACAAAAUAUGUAUAAAAUUAUUGCAACUUGUAAUUAUUUUCGGUGUAAAGUCACAAUAAAGAAUCUCUUUAAUCA